CUUGGCCAUUUGAACCCGUUUCUUCCCAGCAGUCUCGAGACACAAAACAAAUCUGCCCGAACUCUGAAGCAUCCGGAGCCAAUCACGGAGGACCGCGAGACAGAAACUUCCUCCGCUCCAGCGGAACUCUGGGAAGCAUUGCAAAAAUGCGGAAAUAAACUCUCGCUUUGCACUAUACUGCCUGCCGCCGUCUCCGACCGCGAGAAGAUGGGUGUCAACUGUGUCAAUGCGGCCCGAGCUCACGGUGAAGGCGACCAACCCGUCAAGUCGCCGCGAUCUGUUUGAGCGGAGCGGCGCUCGGAAAUCCCGUUCGUUUCAACAACAUCAUCGCAACAGCCAGCCCCUUAUCUCGCUCGCUCGCCCGCCCGCGGCUCUCUCUCUCUCUCUCUCCCGAGGAAAAUGUGGCUAACGCCGGAGGAGGUGCCAGUGAAGAGCGCGCUGAAGCUCUGGGUCACGGAGAAAUCCAACGACUUCUUUCUGCUACAGCGCAGGAGAGGGCACGGGGACACCGGCGGGAAGUUCACAGGGAUGCUGGUGGGGGCUCUGGAUACUGUGCUGGACUCUAAUGCCCGUGUUACACCAUUCCGGAUUGUUCUACAGGUGCCUUGCUCACAAGUCAGCUGGGUUAUCGCUAGUGGAGCUUCGCUUGAGGAAGUUAAAACACACUGGUGUUGGCUGGAGGUCAAUCUGCUCGACUCCCUUUCAGUGUUCGAGAACAAGGAGGACAUCACUAGCUUUGUCAAUGGCAAAAUCAAGGGCCUAAUAGCGGAUGAAUCUGGAGGGCAGCCGGACCCUGAGGGCUUGCGUGAGGUGGCGGUUCGGCUGGAGCAGCGAUUCGGCCUUCCCCAGAGGGAGAAGCUCAUCGCCCAGUACACCUGCUGCCUGUGGAAGAGCCACGUGCCCCGCCAGGGCUGGCUCCACCUCACACACAACCACCUGGCCUUCUACUCUUACCUGCUGGGCAAGGAAGGUACUUACACAUGCACACACACACACAUGAUCACACAUAGCGCCAAAGUGGACUUCUCCAUGUUCCUGAGCAUGGACGACGCCAUGCAAUUCAUCACGCGAACUUCACACCGACUCUGCCUCUGGCCGCAGAAGAUACACACACACACACACACACUUCAGCACACACUCCUCACAAAGGAGGGGUACACACCGACAAUAAUAAUACCCCUCAUACACACUCCGCUCACAAAGAGGGCGCUGGAUGACCACGUGCUCACUCAGGAUGUGCUGUCCGAGUUUGGGUUGCCGCGGCGUGAGAGUGUGUGUGAGGUGCGAGUGUGUGCCCUCUGGACCCCCUACCUGCGCUCACACACACACGGAACUCUCGUCACCACCGACACCUACCUGUGCUUCAGCAGCAGAGAGCUUUUUCAGGAGUUUCAGGUGUUGUCGGUGGAGAAGGCGGAGACGUCCAGCGUGCUUCCUGAUCCGGUGAUCGUGAGCGUGCGAGGGCGGCGAGCGUUCCAGAUGGUGGGUGUGUGUGAGCGGGACACUCUGCUGGAGGCCGUCACCGAGAGACUCCGCACCCUGCGCUGGAGACACGCUAUCUACAAAGGACAACACACACAGCCCACGAUCUCCAAUGACCAUACUACACAUUCUGUUGUGACACGGACGGAGAAGCAGAGAAAUCUCAGAGAGACAUCAUCAGCACCUGCCCCCUCAUCUCUCUCAGCCAAUACACAGAUGCCAAAGCACAAGGCCGCGGAGGAGCGGUGCAAGGAGGUGUUGUGGGACGGGCGCUUUGAGGAGUUUGGCCGCGGCGUGCACAUGUUCCGCACCGCCUGCCUGCACAAGCUGGUUGCUAUGGGGAUCCCAGAGUCACUCAGGGGAGAGCUGUGGCUCACACUCUCAGACGCAAGCUCAGAGAUGGCAGCUCACCCCGGCUACUACGCCGAGCUGGUGGAGCGGUCGCUGGCAGAGAUCACCGUGGCGACGGACGAGAUCGAGCGGGAUCUGCACAGGUCACUCCCGGAACACCCGGCCUUCCAGAGCGAGAGUGGAAUCAACGCACUCCGCAGAGUUCUGAGGGCCUACGCACAUCACAACACACACAUCGGCUACUGCCAGUCCAUGAACAUCUUGGCGUCGGUGCUGCUGCUGUACGCUAAGGAGGAGGAGGCCUUCUGGCUACUGGUCACCGUGUGUGAGAGGAUGCUGCCCGACUACUUCAACCGCCAGGUCAUAGGUGCUCAGGUGGACCAGUCUGUGUUUGAGGAGCUGUUGCGUGAGCGUGUUCCGGAGCUGUGUGUGAGCGUUCCGGAUGUGUGUGCGCUGGCGUCGGUCUCGUUGUCAUGGUUCCUGACGCUGUUCCUGAGCGCGCUGCCGCUGGCCAGCGGAGUGUGUGUGCUGGACGCCUUCUUCUGUCGCGGCGCUCGGGUCAUCUUCCAGCUGGCCCUCGCCGUGCUGCACGCCAACACACACACACUCGCCGCCAGCACCGAUGAGGGCCACGCACUCAUGAUCCUCAGCAGUUUCCUGGAGCAGGUCAAGCAUGACGAAGAGGACUGUGUGUGUGCUGAGGCAGCAGCCGGCUCAGCUGAACACACACACAUCACGACCCUACUCAAAGAGGCCUAUGAGAGGUUUGGUGAUAUCAGCGCUAAGCAGCUGGAAAGGCUGCGGUGUCGUCAUCGUAUCCAGGUGCUGCAGUCACAUGAGGACACCAUCAAAGAGAACGCUGUGACCAGGUGUGCAGUAGGUGUGUGUAAAGGCCAGACUGAGCACCUACGAGGUACUGGGAGAUGGUGUAGUACGUGCAGUGAGGGCUACCAGCUGGACCUGCCUCAGUUCAAGAGUGUGUACUCGGCACUGUCGCCAUGGCAAGAGGGCGCACACACGGAUACGGUUGCUAGGCGCACCUUCACAUUGCUGGACCAGAAUCAGAGAAACCUGCUGACCUUCACACAGAUCACUCACUGGCUGGGUAACACACACACACACACACACACACACCAUGAGGCAGGCACGCAGGCAGUGCAGACCCAUGAUCGGCGCAUGACCAUGCAGAUCUGGCAGCACAGGGAGUUUAUCCAGUUCUGUAAGACGCUGUCCAACAUGUUCCACGGUGACGCGGAGGAGAGCGAAAGCCUGUACAUCGCCAUGGUGACCUCAGCCUGCUGCUAUCCCAUGCCGCUCCUGACCGAGGCGCCGCUGGUGGCCUUCUUCGAGCGGCCGGCCGACCUGAGGGCUCGCAUCGCCGCGGCAACGCAGCGGCAGUACCAGCAGCGCGCCGCCAUGUUGGAGCUCGAGCACGGCAGCGAGUGAGACCCCGACGGAACCUGAACCCACCGGAACCGGAACACGGGCCUGCACCCACACCCACACCUGCCUUGGACCAGGGGAGCAGGACUCCCUCUCACUCAAAGACUACAUCUCCCAGAAGCCUUCAGUCCGCACGUCCUGUAGGCAGGACCACCUAAGAGACUACAUCUCCCAGAAGCCUUCAGGCCACAUGUCCUGUAGGCAGGACCACCUAAGAGACUACAUCUCCCAGAAGCCUUCGGUCCGCAUGUCCUGUAGGCAGGACCACCUAAGAGACUACAUCUCCCAGAGGGCGUCACUUCAGGGACUACUAAGACAUAUGAAGACCACAUAUCCCAUAGUCCAUGAACUCUGCCAUAAAUCCAAAUAUUGGACUCCAUCUCCCAUAAGCCCUCCGAAUCCUGAAACUGUGAUCUGUGUGUGAGUGUGUGUUGUCGAUUGUGUUCUAUGUCUAGUUGAAUUUAUUCUCUGUGUGUGCAUGUGCCAAUCACACGACAGGAGAGGCCAUGAAUUGACGUCUUCCAAUCAGACGCUUCAGAAAUCAUUUAUGAAGAACCUUGAUUUGCUGACCCAAUCUUUCACCGGACCAUCACUUGUCUUAUGUCAGAAUACACACACACAUACACACACACACACACACACACACUCUCCUACAUGACCUAACCUCCUCCCCACACAAAGUUAUCUGUGUGUAUGUGUGUGAAAAUGUGUCUGUGAUGAUUUUUUUCCUCAACAUUAAUCAGACACACACAUGACAUUGCUGUAUCACACGAUUUUAAACAACACACACACACACACACACACACACACACACACACACACACACACACACACACACGUACUGUAUAUACACUUCAGAAUUUUGAGAAUGUGUUUUGCAAAUGUGUGUGCGCGCGUGUGUGUGUGUGUAGAGCUCCUCUCUCUGGUGUUAUGUCUGAGUGUCUCCAUGCCAUGUGGUUUUAUAAGAUGCUGCCUUUUACUCACUAAUGUUUUUACACAAACCCAAAGUUGUGCUUUACCAAGGAAAUGUUUUAAGUGUGUGUGUGUGUGAGUGCUUUAAGUUCUUUGACAGGUAUGUUGUGUGUUGUGCCCCUUGUGGCCUGUAAGCUGACGUUCGCACCGCUUUGUGAAACGCUUCUAAACACACAUUAAAACGUCCAAGCUUUGUGAAACGCUUCUAAACACACAUUAAAACGUCCAAGCUUUGUGAAACGCUUCUAAACACACAUUAAAACGUCCAAGCUUUGUGAAACGCUUCUAAACACACAUUAAAACGUCCAAGCUUUGUGAAACGCUUCUAAACA